GCUAAAAACUUGCGAUCGGAGAAGAAGAGUUGUGACUCGACGGUGCUGCACACGCAUAGAUAGUAGAUCACUCGUACUCACUCCCAUAGUUGCUGCUUCUCUUAACCCACCGGAUCCGUUUUGAGAUCAAGAAGGAGUUAUUUUGUUAUCGUCUUACAUGGCGAAGGAUCAGCACUUGCGACCUUGGUUUCUGGAUCUAGUGCCAGCUUUGGUUAUUUUCCUCGCCGCAGCUCAUGUCAUCGCAUUGGGUUACUGGAUUUACAGAUUAGCUACUGAUCGUCGAGCUCAGAGUCAGAGAGGCAAAUUUCACUGAAGAAACAUCGAGUUGUAGGUACCCUACUUCAGUGGUGUUUCACACAUUGUCUGAGGGGCCCAAGAGAACCGACUAGAAGAUGUAACCAAGCGUAGAAAAUUGUCUUCGGAAAUCAUUUUAUUUGGCUGGAAAUGGUGUUUGAGUAAUGAGUAGUCAGCUUUUAAGACAAAAAUCACAAUGUGGCAUUGUAUAGUUUGUAAGCCUUGAAUAGAAAAUGAGGACUAAACAAAAAUCCCUUCAAAGCAGUUUUGGAAAAUUUAAAUCACAAAAUCAAGCAUUACAUUUGUUUAAUUUUUUCUCA